AUGGGAUCUCAAAGUAGUAAAUUAGUUACAGAAACAUAGAGGCACGAACAUGCUAUUAAUUAUAUGAACUCUGGAGGGUAUUAACAAUACUUAAUAUAGCUCGAUGAGCGAUAAAUCAGCUAAAAGCAUUAAGGAUAUUGAAUAAACAUAACAAGAAUUUGUUAAUACUUAAUUUAAAUGGAAUUUUGGUGGACAGAAGGUAUUUGUAGCCGGCACAUUCUCCUAAUGGAAGACAACUCACUAACUACAAAGAGAUAAAGGAGGAGAAUUUAGCAUAGUGAUACCUUUACCAAAAGGAAUCCAUCAUUAUAAAUUUAUUGUUGAUGGAGAUUGGCGAUUCUCCCCAGAUGAUCCUACAACUGCUGAUGAGCACGGGAAUAUUAAUAAUGUGAUAGAUACCACUAAAGUUGAAAAUAAAGCUAAAGAAUUGAUGGAAUCAAGUUAAUAAUUUAAACCAGAGAAAUCCCCUAAUGAUUCCAUUAUAUAAAAUCAAAAGUAAGUGAUUUAAGAUUUUAAUUUUAAUGAUAAAGCCCCCCCAGUGCCUCCUCAUUUGCUUAAAUAUUAUUAUAUAGAAGUAAAAGUAUUGAUAUUCAUCAGGAAAAAGAGAAAAAAUUAAAUAACAUGUGGAAUAAAGACAUUAGGCCAUAAGGUUAAAUGGAACUUGAGGAUGCUAAACCUUAAAUAUCAUAGCAGGAAAUAUUUGAUCACCUUAUUUAAAUUUUUAGCAAUGUCAACUCAUUGUCCCCUCCACCUCAUGUAAAUUUAAAUCAUUUGGCUUGUGUAACUACAAACAAAAAUAGUCCUUUUAACGUAUAUGCUUUAACACAUAGAUUCAAGGCGAAACAUACUACAAUUAAAUUUUACACUCAUAAAUAUUAGGAGAACAAACAGUAAUUAUUUGUAGUUUGA